AGACGCUGCCGGGUUGUACUUUGGGAUUGGCUCGCCAGUCGGUGCAGCGUGUGAUUUCGCAGCGUCACUGCUUUGCGGGGCCCUGUUUGAAUGAGACUAGGUGAAGGCGGCUGCCAGGCGAGCUGAUCGUGCGCCCCGAUAACCCACCAUGCCCAUUUAUACAGUAAACGUGAAGUGGGGGAAGGAAAAGUUUGAUAAUGUGGAGCUAAACACCGAUGAGCCUCCAAUGGUCUUCAAGGCCCAGCUGUUUGCCCUGACUGGGGUACAGCCAGACAGACAGAAGGUCAUGGUCAAAGGAGGAACAUUAAAGGAUGAUGAUUGGGGUAACCUCAAGAUAAAAAAUGGGAUGAUCUUGUUAAUGAUGGGUUCGGCUGAAGCUCUUCCUGAGGAACCUGCCGUGAGGCCCGUAUUUGUAGAAGACAUGACAGAGGAGCAGUUGGCCUCUGCAAUGGAACUGCCUUGUGGAUUAACAAACCUCGGGAACACUUGUUACAUGAAUGCCACUGUUCAGUGCAUCCGCUCGGUGCCAGAGCUAAAAGAGGCUCUUAAGCGCUAUGGGGGUGCCCUGAGAGCUUCUGGUGAAAUGGCCUCUGCUCAGUACAUUACUGCAGCCCUUCGUGAUCUAUUUGAAUCAAUGGAUAAGACCUCUUCCAGUAUCCCCCCAAUCAUCCUUCUGCAGUUCUUGCACAUGGCCUUCCCACAGUUUGCAGAGAAAGGUGAUCAAGGACAGUAUCUACAACAGGAUGCAAAUGAAUGCUGGGUACAAGUUAUGAGGGUUCUGCAGCAGAAAUUGGAGUCCAUCGAAGGAGAAACAGACAUGGAGACUGAUUCAGGAGCUGCUGCUGCUUCACCAAAGAAGAAGAGUUUUAUUGACCAAUAUUUUGGCAUUGAGUUUGAGUCAACCAUGAAAUGUACUGAAUCUGAAGAGGAGGAAGUCACAAAAAGCAAAGAAAAUCAACUCCAGCUCAGCUGCUUCAUAAACCAAGAAGUGAAAUAUCUGUUCACAGGCCUCAAACUGCGCCUUCAAGAAGAAAUCACCAAGCAUUCACCAUCAUUACAAAGAAAUGCUUUAUAUAACAAAACCUCCAAGAUAAGCCGUUCGCCGGCCUACGUGACGAUCCAGAUGGUGCGUUUCUUUUAUAAAGAAAAAGAGUCUGUGAAUGCCAAAGUUCUUAAGGACGUCAAAUUUCCUCUCAUGUUGGAUAUAUUUGAGUUAUGCACACCGGAGCUGCAGGAAAAAAUGGCCUCUUACCGAUCUAAAUUUAAGGAUCUAGAGGAUAAGAAAGGUUCAGGACAGCCACCUAAAGUAAGUCAAGCUGCACAAAAAGAAGUCAAGUAUGACCCAUUUUCAUUUCCAGAUGAUUUUGGUUCCAGCAAUUGUGGUUACUAUGAGCUGCAGGCAGUUCUUACUCAUCAGGGAAGGUCAAGUUCUUCAGGACACUACGUUUCAUGGGUCAGGCGGAAACACGAUGAGUGGAUUAAAUUUGAUGAUGACAAAGUGAGCAUUGUAUCUCCAGAAGAUAUACUGAGGUUGUCAGGAGGAGGAGACUGGCAUAUAGCAUACGUUCUUCUAUAUGGACCCAGGCGAAUCGAAGCUACUGAGGAGGAAGCCGAACAAUAAUGACAUUUGUCUUUUUUAGUCAUUUUUUUUUUCUUAGGUGUGAAAUAAAUGUUCUACGAUUAGAAUCGCCUACCUGAUCCAGAUAUAAUUUUUUUUAUAUUUUAGAGGAAAGUGUGAAUUGUAUAGUUCAAUUCACCUUUGUGCACAAACUGAUUAUCCUCAUUAUUUCUAUUUGGAGAGCUGUAAAGCUAAUGCAACCUUUACCUGUUGUCUUAACCAAAUUUUAGAAUUGGAGUGAUAAAAUGACUAAGUGACCAGCCACUGCCUGGUGGAGCUAAAACUAUUUUUUUACUCGUUAACAAAUUGACAAUAUUUAUUGCACACCUACAUCAUUCAUUGUUCCUAUUGCAUGGUUUACACCACAGUACUUGCCAUCGCCUUAUCUGACAGUUCCGCCAGGAGGGAGGAAGGAUACGUGAUGCCUCAUUGUAACAGUGCUGCUUCCCAUAACUUAAGACCUGGCCACAAUCAUGUGUCCAGUUUCAUCUGGUCCAGACCAAUGUUGGCGUUUUUGGUGAAUUCAGAUUAAAAUUGUAAUCAGUU